ACCGUUCAACAAAAUGUCACUACUUCGGAUGAUUAUUGGUUUCGUGUUGCUAUGGGCAACGGCUUCGGGUGAGCCAUUUUUCGGUAACAACUAUGUCAUUCCUCAAGGUACUGAGUUGGGGCGGUAUUCGAAUUUAAUCGUAACAAAUCUCAACACCGCACGCAGUUCGCUGAGUUCGUACGUCCGAAGUCCACCGACUAGUUCCAAAGCUCUCAACCGAGGAGCUAUCACAUUGGUGGAAUACGUGGGAAACUUAAGUCAACUAGCUGGGAACGUUUACUCCCAACUGGCUAGAGCAUCGAUCGACCGUACCUCGGCACCGGUCGUAGUGUUUUCCAAAGUUCAAUAUCAUGUGAACGCAUUACAGCCGCUGUUGCAGAAUUCUUCAAUUUACGUCAACUCAAUAGCUACCUAUUUUGAUUACGAAGGAAAUACCGAUACUUCCCAGUAUUUCGACAAAUGGACUGCAAACCUAAAGGAGAAUCAACGGAUGGUGGAAGGAGUCUUAAAGCAGGUUUCUGAAGUUAUUGACUCCAUCAGCGGACAAAGCCUUAACACACAGCAGUUUAUAGCAGCCCUUUCAACCAAUGGAUUGCUACAAUCUCUGUUGGAUGGAGUUCAAAGAAUUAGUGUUUUGGCGAAAGAUUUAUCCGGCGUAGUAAGUCGCAUUGUUGAAGCUAUCAAUAAUGCCAAUAGCUUUCGAUCUACCUCAAACUCACGGAUACAAUCAAGCCGAUCCCUAACCAAUACGUUCGUCAAUGCUUACAUUGCCAACUCAAAUGUUUCUUUCAACUCAAUCAGUACGGCAGCUAACAGUGCAUUGGACAAUUUAAAAACACUCAACGACACCUUCAUUUUCCGUUGGCCUCUGCUGGUGAGCGAAAAAGUUGAACAGAAGCUAAGCCUAUUGAACAUCUCAAUCGAUAAUCUCAUUCGAAAUCUACACGUUCGGAAGGCUACAAUCGAACAGCACUACGUCGACACGAGACGCACCUUCAUCGAGGAAAAUCAACCGCAAGCACUUUUGGAGAAUAUGUCCGAGCAGCUUACCAGGGCACUAACCAACGCGAUCAAACCGGCAGAUUGUGCAGCGAGUUUCAGGGCCACCUUUCUGGACCUAUCACCUUUGGUGCGAACUCGGCUAGGUCAAUGCUUUGACAGCCAGCUGGCACUGGAAAGACAAGGCGCCGCUCAAGUAGUUUCGAUCGCGAACAACUUUCUGCGAACGUACACCAAUACAGUUUUCUCCGGGCUGGAGGUGUGCUUCGAUCAACAGUACGAUAGCAUGAACGACUGUUUGGAUCAUAUUGUUGAUAGGAUUGAAUUUAGUGGUAAAUUUUUCCUACUGGAUUCGGUCACUUUCUACCUGUUUGAGCAGGUGCAAUCGGAGCUGAUCAACUGCAACACAAAGCUGAUGGAUUUCGUGCAAAAUGUGAGACCGUGGGCAGAUUGCUAAACAACUGAGCCAACAUUCCUAAAGUGUGCCAAUUCUCGAACGGAAAUUGUUUGAACCAGCUCGAUUCAUUCGACUCGCGAUUACAGCUGUGCAAACAAGGAAGUUGAGAUAAAAUUAUACUCGCUAGGUCCAUUAAAGAAAGAUACCAUUUAUUGCAAUAGUCAACUAAACAAAAACAAUUGGACUCCCACACAAAGUAACACUUUGUUCACCAGCGGCCGCGUGGCCGAAAGCGUUUUUUGUUGUAGAAACACAUCUCCUGUAGGUUGUGGUAAUUUAGGAAGUACCCGAUUUGAGCAAUACAUGUGUUGAAGUUACUCUGAA